AUUCUCAAUGGGCCAAUUUGUACUUUUUGGGCCCAAAUCUCAUUCAGUUCUAUUGGGAGCCGAACUGAGCGUCUUCUCUCCGUUGCCCAUUCUGAAGCAGCCAUGGCUUCAGCUCCUUCGAAGCUCUACGCAGAUGAUGUUAGCCUUCUAGUGGUUUUACUGGAUACGAAUCCAUUUUUCUGGAGCACAUCUUCUCUUCCGUUCUCCAAGUUUCUGUCUCGUGUACUUGCUUUUCUGAACUCCAUUUUAGUACUGAACCAACUUAAUGAGGUUGUGGUUAUUGGUACUGGAUACGCUUCAUGCAAGUAUUUAUACAACUCGUCUUCUUACUCAAAUCAUGGCCUUGAAGAUGGUAGAAUGCCUGCACUUUGUACUCGUUUAUUGAAGAAUUUGGAGGAGUUUGUGAUUGGGGAUGAGCAGUCCAUCAAGGAAGAUCCCAAAGGAGGGACAAUGUCUUCACUUCUUUCUGGAUCGCUCUCCAUGGCCUUGUGUUAUAUACAGAAAGUUUUCCGCUCUGGAUCUCUCCAUCCCCAACCACGAAUCCUUUGCUUGCAGGGAUCCCCAGAUGGUCCUGAACAAUAUGUUGCAAUCAUGAAUGCCAUCUUUUCUGCUCAGCGUUCAAUGGUUUCUAUAGAUUCAUGUUACAUUGGUUCACACAAUUCUGCAUUUCUUCAGCAGGCCUCUUACAUAACGGGUGGAGUUUAUCUGAAGCCUCAGCAAAUGGAUGGGCUGUUUCAGUAUCUCGCUACUGUUUUUGGCACUGAUUUGCAUUCCCGGACCUUCUUACAGCUUCCAAAAUCCAUUGGUGUUGAUUUUCGUGCAUCGUGUUUUUGCCAUAAAAAAACGAUCGACAUGGGCUAUGUCUGUUCUGUUUGUUUAUCUAUAUUCUGCAAGCAUCACAAGAAAUGUUCUACCUGUGGGUCAGUUUUUGGUGAGACACCUGUAGAACUCGAUUCAUUGUCUAAACUGAAAAGAAAAACUCCAGAAUGAUAUGACUUUGAACCAUUUGUUUUCACUUCUAUGGCUAUAGAAAUUGUUCCAUUUUUCUUCCCUUUCUUGAAGCUGUUGGAAAGUGGAAUUCAUUUGGUUCACUUGGCAUGAACGGAGAUGACUUAAAUGAUACAGUUGCUGAAAGAGUCAAUCUCAACAUUGUACAAUUCAGAUCAAUAGUGGUCGAAUUCGGAGGGGAUAACAUGGAACGAUGGUUAGCAAGGUCGCGCAUUAUUCCAGUCUGAUACAAAUUGGGUACAAGGUUUUUAUGGAACUUGAGACUUUAACUGGAAAAGUUAGAUUAAUGUAAUUGUACUGAAAGCUUGAGUGGUUUAUAAGCACAUGUAGAUUUAGAUUUCGCUCACGCUUGACAGUAUUCCAAAGCUUACCUUUGCAAAAGUAGACAAGGAUACGGACAGUCACAUUGUUGAUUGAGUCGUGUUACUUAUACUUUGUUUUUUGUGGAACCUCAUACUUUGAAAUUUUACAAGUUUGAAAUGUGCCAAGUGAAUCAUAUAAUAAAACAAUUUGAGCACA